CGUCAUUCGAAGUGUUUCAACGUCAGAACGGAGCGGGAGACAGCUUGUGGGACAGAUAGCACUGUUCUGGAAACAACUAGCUACAGGCCUCUACGCAGAAAUUAGCAUUUGGUAAGCAUUGAAACAGUUUCGCUUGCAAAUGUAUUCAGGGAAACGUUAGUAAAGCCACACGUAAGGAGAGUUGCCAUAUUUAUCAGAUCAAGUUGGUUGAAGGCCGUACCACCGCAUGCCCAACUUUAGCUUGCUAAGCUAACUAGAGUUAUGUUAUGACUUUGCCAAGUCAGAACAACGUUAAGUAACUUGUUUUGUUGGCUGUAUUAUUGGGGAACAUGUCACAACUUUGACACACCACAUUGGAAAUGAUCGACCAUAUUCAGCUUUUUCCAACAGUUCAUUACCUAGCUAGUUAUCCAGCUAGUUAGCCUCAACUAUCCUGGCAUGAGAUGGUGUGCCAAAUGGUUAUAACUCGUUACCAAAUAUGUUUAUAAUGUCGUAACUAUCAUGCUAGUUGGUUAUCAUUAGUUAGCAAGGGUUUCCACUUCUUCCAGAGAGUAGCACAACGAUAGCAAGCUAGCAACGUUUACAGAUAGAGCAACUUCCCAUCUGUGUAUAUAUUAGCUAAAGUUAACUAGCUAGCUAACUAUGAAUAAUGUUUAUAACAUCACUUCAAACUUCAUGUGUGUCUUUGGUAACGCUAGGUCUUAAGCAAAACAUAAUAUAUUAUCAAUUACCACCUAGUAGAGUACCUGCCUAAGUAAGUAGUGCAUAUUCUUGUUCAUAAGUGUGUAUGUUCCUCAGGUGUCCUGAUGGCGACUGAUGUUGUUGCACAGUUGGCCGAUUCUCUGGCCAAAACUCAGGUGACUGAGGGAGAGUUGAGCUAUAAGGGCCAAGGACGCAAAUUCGACAAUGCACAAUCUGGUAAGAAUUUCAACCACUGACCAUUGACUCAUUAUGCUUAUGCUCCUCCAGUUGUCAUACAAUAGGUUGUUCAAGGACAAGGUGGUGUCCAAUGUUAAAUGUAUUGUUCAUCACACAAUCAUGGUCUUUGUCUUCAAUCUCUCCCCCUGUCUCCUUCUUUCCAGUGGAAGAGAUGGUGAAAGAGAUCCAGGAGUUCAAGGGGUUGCAAGCGCUCAGGCUGGAGGGGAACACUUAUGGGGUGGAGGCAGCACAGGCCAUCGCUAAAGCCCUGGAGACAAAGAGUGAAUUUAAGGUACCAGUCACAGAGUGGUUAUGAGAUGAGGUGUGUUUUGAUUGCAUUGUUUGUGGUACAGAGGACAGGUAUUCCACUGACUGCCACACGGAGAAGGAUUGAUGAUCUCAUAUGUUGAUACCUGUUGUUGGCUCUGUUCUGUCUUGCUUUCAUAUCUGUCAUGUAUUCUGCUGUCAAUCACUCAAUCUUGCUUAUUUUACCUCUAUUGGUGAGAGCAAUGUGUCUGUGAUAUAUAUAGGGCUAGCUAGACAAUACUAUAGCUAACCCUUUAUCACCAUCUCUCUCCCUCAGUACUGUUACUGGAGUGACAUGUUUACUGGGCGACUGCGUUCUGAGAUCCCUCCAGCCCUGGUGAGACAAAAAAAAACAAACACCUGCUCCCUUUGAUAGAUGAAAGAUGGUAUGGGAUUGUAAACUCAUCCUUCAUCUCCCCUAUUCAGAACUCCCUGGGUGCGGCCCUGAUGACAGCAGGCGCCAGACUGACCUUGCUGGACCUCAGUGACAACGCCUUUGGACCAGACGGGGUGAAGGGCAUCGAGAAGUUGCUCAAGAGCACUGCCUGUCACACGCUGCAGGAACUGCGGCUCAACAACUGCGGCAUGGGCAUUGGUGGAGGCAAGGUGGGUAGAAUGUCUCUAGUUUGAUAGGAGCUAUAUUGUGUUAUUGAGUAGACUCAACAACAUAAAGUUGCCCCCUGCUAGUUGUAAUAUAGUCAGUAAAAUAAUUUAAGAGAAGAUCUAAAGCUAAUUUCACUUCUCAUAUGAAAUAUAGCUUGUGUUAAGGUUGAAUACUGAUAUCAUUUGAGAAGUGAUAUCAUAAUAAUAUUAUGAAAUUAUUUAAUAUCUAUCCUGACAAACACAACUUUUUCCAAAGUAGUUUUUCACUGUGCUCUGUAUGUGUGGUCUCCUCAGAUCUUAGCUGCAGCGUUGACGGAGUGCUAUAAGCAGUCCAGUGCACAGGGCACCCCCCUUGGGCUGAAGGUGUUCAUCGCAGGCAGGAACCGUCUGGAGAACGAUGGGGCCACUGCCCUCGCCCAGGCCUUCCAGGUACAGACACUGGCUCCUGAGCUGAACAUAUCAGAAUUUCUGACCAUCUGGACUAGAGUAUAUGCAGUUAGUCACCACAGUGGUUCACAAGGAGCUCUUUAGCAUUAGUACUGGCAGCUGCAUAGAUAAAAGCUCCUCGAACACACCAACGUAAUGCCACUGAGUCUAUGAUUAAACUGUACUGACAGUGACAAGCCAUAUACUGUCUAUAUAGCUAUCUAUGUCUGAUGCUACUGUAUGACCUCCUGUGUGCCCUCAGCUGAUGGGUAGUCUGGAGGAGGUGCACGUGCCCCAGAAUGGGAUCAAUCACCAUGGGGUGACUGCUCUGGCCACUGCCAUGCAACACAACCCCCAGCUCCGGGUCCUCAACCUCAACGACAACACCUUCACCAAGAAAGGAGCUAUCGCCAUGGCACAGGUACAGUAGUGGUUUGCCUUGUGUACAAAGGCCGUAUGACAAUGAAACCCUCAUGAAGUUGAUGACUGCUCAAAUGCAUUUUCAUACAAUGACUGACACUGCGUGUUUUGUGCCCCCUUCAGGCUCUGAAACAUUUGCGUAGUGUCCAGGUGAUAAACUUUGGAGACUGUCUGGUGCGUUCCGAGGGGGCUAUAGCCAUCGCAGAGGCAGUCACUGAGGGGCUUCCCAUCCUCAAGGUACAGGGUAGCACUGGUCCCACCCUCGGCUGCAGGAACAUCUGCUGUACUUGAUUGUUACUUCAUGGGUGUUCAUACAUUUCCCUCUGCUGUGGAAGCACCUGACUCAUACACACCCAUAUUAUUAUUAUUUUUUUACCUCUGUCAGGAGCUGAAUCUGUCAUUCGGGGAGAUUACAGGAGAAGCUGCACUGCUGGUGGCACAAUCAGUCGAGGGCAAAGCCACACUGGAGAAACUGGACCUAAAUGGUAUAUGAUGGAUACACACUUGACUUACAACACAUGAAAACUGGAUUGAAAAUGUUGCAUCAGCUGUUAAUGUUUUCUUAGGAUCUGUAGAUUUCAUGUGUGACUUUGUGCUGUCAUGUGUGACUUUGUGUGUUGGUACUGUCAGGUAACUGCCUGGGGGAGGAGUGCUGUGAUGCCCUCAGAGCGGUAAUGGAUGGCCUGAACAUGGGAGACCUGCUGGGAUCACUCAGGUACUGGAUUGAAAUAGGAAAUUAGUUUAUACUUAUAGACUUACCCACACUCGACCUCAGCCAUCCUGUCUUUUAUCACAAGCCGCCAUGAGAAAAUCUCUUUGUGUAAUCUUUGUCUCUACCUGCAGCGAUGAUGAAGGGGAGCCUGAGGAUGAGGAGGAGGAAGAGGAUGACUAUGAGGAGGAUGAUGAUGAAGAUGAGGAGGAGGAGGACAGCAGUGUGAAUCAGGUGUCCUCCCCUCCGUCAGUGCCCCAACCCCCAGAUGCCGCCUCCUUCCUCUGCUUCCCCUCCCCAGACAAGCUGCUCAAACUGGGCACCAAGAGGGCCCUGCUCUUCGAACAGCAGGUAAACACACCCUGUCAUGAAUAGCUUACACAGCAAACUUGGCAGUAGGCUGAAACAGGUUGCUGGUGAUGUUGAACCUGUUGUCCUCGCUCUUCUCUUCCAGGUAGAUGUGGCUGAUGCUGGUAAGACAGCGGAGGCUUUCCUGAAGAUCUCCUCUGUGUACAAGGAGGAAGAUGAAGAGGUUAAGAGUGCUGUCCUGGACAGUAUUGGUGAGUGCCACUUAUCUCAUUUGUGAGUACUUGGUGAAAACAUGGGGCCAGAUGACUGAGUCCAUGGAUAUGAGACUGUUUUUGUUGCUCAUCUGUAUGACUGCAUGUUAAGUGUAUAUCCUCUUUGUUCUACAGACGCAAUUCUCAGGAAAGCCUUCGCCAGCCCCUCCUUCCAAGGUUACAACUUUGUAUCAUCGCUGUUAGUAAUGCUGGGACUCCUCAAGGUAUGCACACACAUUCGUAGAGUAACUCCUGGUUUUCUUCCGCCUUGUAUUAUUGUAGCCCUUGUGUCUCCCCCUCUCUCUGUCUCAUUCAGAGUGAGGACAAGGUGAGGCCGGUGCGUGUGGUGCCUGGUCAUUUGCAGGCGCUGGAGUACGCCGUACGUCAGGACUACUUCCCCCAGGAGCACAUCGCUGUGCUGGAGGCCUUCAUGUCCCGGUAAGGGCGUGAGUGAUGGGCGGCAGCGUAGCUCUCAGGUACCCUCUCCGACUGCAGAUUAACACACCACAUUGGCACAAAGUUCCCAAAGGAUAUUGCCAACAUGCUCCAAAUUGCACAAUGUACCCAGUUUCCUAUGUUGUCAGGCUGCUGCGUUUUAAAAAAAACAGUAAAGAUGAAAGGUGAAACUGUCCAUCAUUCAAAUCAAAUGUUAUUGGGCACAUACGUGUUUAGCAGAUGUUAUUGCGGGUGUAGCGAAAUGCUUGUGCUUCUAGCUCCGACAGUGCAGUAAUAUCUAACAAUUUCACAACAUAUACCCAAUACACACAAAUCUAAGUAAGGAAUGAAUUAAGAAUAUAUACAUAUGGAUGAGCGACGUCAGAGCGGCAUGGACUAAGAUACUGUAGAAUAGUAUAGAAUACAGUAUAUACAUAUGAGAUGAGUAAUGCAAGACGUAAACAUUAUUAAAGUGUCUAGUCUUCCAUUUCUUAAAGUGGCCAGUGAUUUCAAGUCUAUGUCUAGGCAGCAGCCUCUAAUGUGCUAGUGAUGGCUGUUUAACAGUCUGAUGGCCUUGAGAUAGAAGCUGUUUUUCAGUCUCUUGGUCACAGCUUUGAUGCAUCUGGACUGACCUCGCCUUGCAGGUGUGUGACUGUAUGUUUGUGACCCUCAGACACAUCCAGGCCCUGGAGUUGUGCAGCAGCGCCAGGAACAUCCUCAAGUCCACGCUGGAGCAGGUCAGGCCUGAGAGCUGAGUCACACCGGACCCCACAGACACUCUCACUGACUUAAGAACAGAACAAUUCCCACCCCCAGACAUAAAGGGGGCCCUUAGCACAACAAGGACUAAACUGUUGCACUGCACUCUAUUUCACCAACUCAGAAGAUUCACAGCUGGAGCCUUGCACAUCACCUCAUGGAUGUGUAUUAUUUUAAGUGGAAUAGGAUUACACUGUGGAUGGACGGACUGAAUAUUACAUACACAAACACUUGGGCGAUUAAGUGUGAAUGGCGCAUCCUGCCUCACCCACAGUGAAAGGACUGAAUUACAAUCUUCAACACAGGUUCUCUCCAUAUUUACCCUCAAUAAGUAAUGUUUUAUGUAAAAAGAAAAAGAAAAGGGAGGUAAAAUGGAUAUAAAAAUACAAAUAUAAAAUGUGUGAUAUGGGCUGCUGUGGAAAUGUGAUUAUACAAUAACAAUCAAAAGGGAAGAACCGAAUAAAUAUGUAGAUUUCUUUAUUGUUGCAGCUAUUAAACAGACACUAUUUGGGUGUCUCCGUUAUUGAGUGGACUGGAAGUUUAGUAAGCACUACCUUGAAUAAGGAUCUAGUCCUUCAACCAUAUUUACCACUUUUUACAGAGGAAAGAAACUAUUCAUCUGGGUGCAGGUUCUUUCUCCUCCCAAAUUUUGAAACCUACACUGAACAAAAAUAUAAAUG